AACCGGCUUGAUCGCAGCCAUUAUGUUACCAUUUAUCACUAGUGAAAGAGUCGUCGAGUCGCGCAAAAAAUUCGCUCGUGUUUUUGUGUCUUUCGUUAUAAUAUAAAUCAACCAAAUCAAGCACUGCUAACAGCAACCCUUAAAAAGUCAACGGAAUGAUCUAAACUAUCAAUCGAAUGGUAGUUAAUAGAACAGAGGAUUCAAAAUGCAAAAUUGGAAUCAAUGGCAACUACCAGCUGCUCCUGUACCGGCAGCAACAAUGCCACAACUACCGGGUGGUUAUCCUGCUCCUGCUCCAGGAGCAGAUCCCAUGGCUAUGAUGCAGUCUUAUAUGCAAUAUUAUAGCCAACCACCUCCAAGUGGUUAUACGUCUGAACAAUGGGCGGCAGCGCAACAACAAAAUUGGGCUCAAUGGCAACAAUGGCAGCAACAAUAUCAACAAUGGCAAGCUCAAUAUGGAGAAAAGUAUCAAGAGACAAUGAAGCAAUAUGCUUCUAAUAUGUCAAGUUCUACGGGACAAGCACCACCCUUGCCAGCAUCUCAACCACCUUUGCCAAGAGAUGAAAAUUCUAAACCCCCAUUACCACCUGACAAUUCAAAUCAAUAUCAAUAUUCAUCAAUACCUCCACCACAUCAAAAUAAUUUACCAUUAUUCCCAUCAAAAGCCGAUAAUUCUCAACAAAAUCAAGGCACAAAUCCACCAUUACCUUCCCAACCACCAUUACCGACACAAAACAUAAGUGAUUCAAAUUUAUUAGGUAAACAGAAUAAUGCUAAUAAUUCAAAUUCCGAACCUAGUGCAAAAAAGCAAAAACUCGAAGACGAAGAAUUAAGUGAAGCUGAAAAAACAUUUGAUUCUCAGUUUAAACAGUGGGAAGAAAAAUUUAAUACGUGGAAACAACAAAAUGCUAAUCAUCCCGAUAAGUCACAAUAUCAACAAUACGAAGCAAAAUGGACAUCAUGGCGUGAGAAAUUAAUCGAGCGUCGUGAACAAAUGCGUCGAAAACGUGAACAACAAAAACAAAUGGCAUUAAAAGCUGAGGCUGAAAAGAAAAAAGAUUUACCAGGCGGUGAUAAAAUAUUAAAUCUUCUUUCAAAUACUGAAAAUCAAGGAUUAAUUAAUAAUCUCUUGGGCAUUGGAAAAACACUUGGUUUAACGGGAAAACAAGAUGGAAGUACAGUACCACCUCCACCGCCACCAAAUAAAGAGAUGACAAUUUCCAAUCAAUCGUCAACAAUUACACCAGCAUCGUCACAAUCAAUGGCAGCGCCAACAAUGACUGCCGAAAUGAAUCAAGCCGCAUGGGCAGCACAACAAUGGGCCGCUCAAUAUAAUCCAGUACCAAAUUAUCAAUCUUAUCAGCCAAUGAUGGGAACAUCUACUGCACCUCCCGCUUCAGCUGCACCAAAUCCAUAUUCACAACCACCGCCAAGUUUUGCGAAUGCUCCACCAAAUUAUUCAUCAGCACCGCCAAACUUUUCUGGAGCGCCACCAAAUAUCGGUGGUCCUAUGGGUCAUGGAAAUAUGGGAGGACCACCACCGAACAUGGGAGGACCACCAAAUAUGGGAGGACCUAAUAUGAGUGGACCAAAUAUGAGUGGUCCAAACAUGAGUGGACCAAACAUGAGUGGACCUCCAAAUAUGAGUGGACCAAACAUGAGUGGACCAAACAUGAGUGGUCCAAAUAUGAGUGGACCAAAUAUGGGUGGACCUCCAAACAUGAGUGGACCUCCAAAUAUGAGUGGACCACCAAAUAUGAGUGGACCACCUCCAAACAUGGGUGGACCACCGCCAAAUUUUUCUCAACCACCUCCAGGAUUUAAUGCACCCGAUCAACAAAUGCGACCACCGCCCAAUUCAUUUGGAAAUUUCAACGAAUCAAAUAAUGACAAAAACUUCUCAAUGAAUCGAAAUCAACCUCCAUUUGGUUCCCAAGGUGGUAGAUUCAAUUCUGACAAUCGUGAUUACAAUGGACCCAAUCGUGACACCGGGAAUAAUUCCUUUGGAAAUGAUUCUUUCAACAAAAAUUACAAUGACAAUGACAAUGAUCGUUUUGGUGGUCAAAAAAAUAAUCGUUUUGGCAAUAAUGAACGAUUUGGCCCUCAACGUUUUGGUUUUAAUAAUGAUCGUUUCGAUAAUUCAAAUGAUCAAUUUUCCAAUGAUAAUCAAGAUAACAAUUCAUUUAAGCAAAAUGAUAAUUUUGAUAAUAAACGUGAUAAAUUUGGCAUUAAUAAUAAAAGAGGAUUCGAAUCACAAGCGCCAAUGCCACCUGAAUUGAAAAAAUUAAUGGAGAAAAGAAAAGCAGCAAUGGACGCAUUUAAACCAAGUAGUAAUUCAUUUUUCACAUCAAACACAAGCUUUGAAGUUGGAUCACUUCGCGAGAGUUUUAAAAAAAUUUCCGGCGAUUCACCAUUUAUGAAGAAGAGACAGGAUGAUGAUUGCGGUGAUUAUAAUGACAACAAUGAUUCAAAUGAUCAGAAAUUCCCUCCUGAUUUUGGUCCCCGUGGUCAGGGUAAUUUUGGUCCUCGUGGUCCUGGUAAUUUUGGUCCUCGUGGUCCUGGAAAUUUUGGUCCUCGUGGACCUGGUAAUUUUCCACCCAGAGGUCCUGAUUUUGGACCACGUGGAAGAGGAUUCCCUGGUCCUGGUGGUCCAUGGCAAAAUCCAAGAAUGCAAAAUCCUGAUUUCAAUAAAGACGAACAACCUCCAAUUGAACAAUUAAAACCACCUGAAGAAUUUCCUUUACAUGAUAUCGAAAAUGAUUCAUCUCUUCCUCCGCCAAUAAAUGAGAAUUUACAACAAGACGAUGUAAUAAUUAUUGAGGAAAAAUCAACAAAAAUUAUACCACCACUGGAACAACCACCCUGGAUGGAUAAUCCGGAAAUUAUUCCCGAUAAUGAAAUUUCAUCGAAUCAAAAUGAAAUUAUUUUAGAAAGUGAAUUGUCUAAUAUUGAAAAUGUUAAUAAAUCGAAUGAUUUGCCAUUUAUGGGUGAAAAUGAUCCAAAACCAGAGGAUUUAAAUAUGGAACCACCGCCGGAAUUGCCAAAUUUAGGUCCCAUUCAAUCAUUUAAUAAUGAUCAAUUACCACCACCUGAAUUUCCAUCUGGCAAUUUUCCCAAUCAAUUUCCACCUAGACCACCUUUAUUACCAUUUGGUCCAAGGGGUCCAAUGUUUACGCCACGUGGUCCAAAUGAUAUGAAUUCAUUCCCACCGUUUGGACCAAGAGGUCCACCGGGUGAUUUUAAUAAUAUGAGACAACCACCACCAUUUGGAAAUAGACCCAUGGGACCUGGUGAUUUUAGACCACCGCGUCCUCCAUUCGAUGGUGAUUUUGGUCCAAGAUUUACAAAUUUCCCAAGAAACGAUGAACAACCACCGUCAUCAUCAAUUCCUUCAUUAAUGUCCAUGAAAUUUGAACCACCAAAAACACUUUUAAAACCAAAUGAGCCAAAUUCAAAUUUUGAUCAAUCAAAUAUCAAUCAGGGAAAUUUUAAUCCCGAUGAUACAAAUCGUGAUUCACCGAAUUUCCCCAAAGGACCAAAAUUAUCAGAAUGGAAACCAUUUGGACAAAAUAUGGAUCCCAAUCAAAGACCAGGUUUCAAUCAAGGAAUAGAGUCGAAUCAACAAAGAAUGGGUCCACCAAGAAUGGGACAAUUUCAAGGAAUUGGUCCAAAUCAAGGAAUGAAUGUCGAUUCGAUAAUAUUUGAUAAAAAUGAUAAUAAUCGUGAGAGAAUAGAGAAUAAAAAUUUGCCACCAAAUGAAAUUGAGGCAAAUAAUCAAGAGAUUAAUGAAAAUCUAAGACCUGAAUUUGAAAGAUCACAAUCACCAUUUUCUGGUCCACCUAUGAAUUUUAAUCAAGAUAAACAUGUGGAUAUAUUACCACCAAAUAGAAGACCAAUACCUGAAUUUUGCAUCGAGAGACAAUUUAAUUACAAUCAUGGUGGUCGAAUGCCAGAGAAACAACCACCACCACCACCACAACAACAACCAUUUAUGGAUUUAAUUCCACCGAAAAUAAUUGAUUAUAAUCACAUGAAACGUACAAUUGUACACGAUUAUUUAACACCAGUACAAUCGUUUGAUUAUGGUCAUGGUAAUUUACAUCCCGAUGUACCCGAACACGAGAUUACUGGAAUUAAAGAUUUCAGUAGAUGGGAGGAAAAUGAACAAAAUCUAAAGGAAUAUUCAGAACAAAUGAAAAAUUAUGAACAAGACUCACAAUGGAAACGUUCAAUGAUAAAUGAUCGUUUAAGAAAUGAGGAAAAUUUAGAAUUAGACGCAAAAAGAAAUAAAGACGGUGAUUAUAGAAAAGAUUAUCGAAAAGAAAGUGAUAUUAAAAAAGAUCGUAGAAAGGAUAAUGAUAAUUAUAGAAGAGAUGAUUAUAGAAAAGAUGAUCGUCGAAGAGAUUCUGAUUAUAGAAAAGAUUCCGAUCGACGAAAAGAUUUUGAUUAUAGAAAAGAUUCUGAUCAUCGAAAAGAUUCAAAUGACUAUAGAAGAGAUUCUGAUCAUCGAAAAGAAUCCGAUCGUCGUAAGGAUGAUUAUAGAAAAGAUUCUGAACACAGACGAAGUGAUUUUGAUCAUAGAAAAGAUUCCGACUAUAGAAGAGAUUCUGAUCAUAGAAAAGAAUUGGAUCACAAAAAAGAAAUUGAUAAUAAAAAAGAAUUGGAUCAUAAAAAUGAGGAUAAUUAUAAAAAAGAUUCUGAUUUUAAAAAGGAUUCGGAUUAUAGAAAAGAUACUGAUUAUAGAAAAGACGUUGAUGAGAGAAUGGAUAUUGAUGAUAGAUUAGAUACAUUUGAUAAAAAUAUUGAUGAUCAAAAAAUGGAAACUGAACAUCAAAUUGAUACAACACAGGAAAUACAGGACUUUACCCAGGAUGUUGAUUUUAGAAAAGAUAAUCUUGAUUGGGGUGAUGAAGACUGGGGUCUUGAACGAGAUAUCAAUCCUAGCAAAAAUCAAGACUCGGAAGAUAAAAAUUUAAAGGAAUCUGAUAAAAAUGAGAGUGAGAGAUCAUCGGAGUUUAAUAGCUGGCAGGACAGUCCGAGCAAGAAAACCUCAGACACUUCAUUGCUAGAUUCCAGCAAUCAAGAUGGCAAGAAAAAUUCUUCAGACAAUCAAAGCAAAACACUUGAGUUACCGAAAAUACCAACUUUCACAAUUCUUGAAGAUAUAUUGUAUCAACCUGGACGCCAGAACAGACCACCAAAAAUAGUUAUCAUUCUGAGAGGCCCACCUGGCAGUGGAAAAUCGUUUCUCGCAAAACUCAUUAAGGAUAAAGAAGUGGAACAGGGUGGUUCAGCACCUCGAAUUUUAAGUAUCGAUGAUUAUUUUCUCGUUGAAAAGGAGAGAGAAAUUAAAGAUGAUAAUGGAAAGAAAAUUACAAUAAAGGAAAUGGUUUACGAAUAUGAAGAAGCUAUGGAACCAAGUUACCUUGCAUCGCUUGUGAAAGCUUUCAAAAAGAACAUAACAGAUGGCUAUUUUAGUUUUAUAAUUUUAGAUUCAAUUAAUGAAAAAAUAUCUGAUUAUGAUGAUAUGUGGAGUUUUGCUAAAACUAAAGGUUUUAAGGUAUUUGUCUGUGAAAUGGAAAUGGAUGUUCAAAUUUGCUUAAAGAGAAAUAUUCACAAUCGUUCUGAAGAUGAAGUCAAUAGAAUAGUGGAUUAUUUAGAACCAACGCCGAAACAUCAUCAAAAAUUAGACACAAGUAGUCUCUUACAAGAAGCUGCCAUUGAAGAUGUUCAAAUGGAAGAUGUUCAAGAUUUGGAAAAACCUGUUCAAGGCAGUGAGGACAGCCAGGAUAGUCAAGAAGAUGCUGAAGUGGGAGUUAGCAAAUGGGAGCGAAUGGAAGCAGAAAAUAAAUUAGAUCGUUUGGAUGGUUUGGCCAAAAAGAAACAUGAGGGAAAACCACAAACAAUGGAAGAUUUUCUUCAAGUACCAGAUUAUUAUAAUAUGGAGGACAAUUCUGGUAAAAAAAGGGUGAGAUGGGCAGAUUUAGAGGAACGUAAAGAACAAGAAAAAAUGAGAGCUGUAGGAUUUGUAGUUGGUCAUACAAAUUGGAAUCGAAUGAUGGAUCCUACGAAAGGAGAGAGUGCAUUAACGAGGACAAAAUACAUAUGACCCAAGUAUCAUCCUAAAAAUCGUGGGAAUCCGCGUUGGAAUUAAAUUUUGGUAGCUCAUUUGAAAUUGAGAAAUAUCAAAUCGCAAAUUAAAAUGAUAUCUUUCUGAGGGAUUUAGAAGAAGAAAGAAGAAAAAAAAGUAUCAAGUGUUUUAUAAAUAAUCACUGAAAUUUUGUGAAUAGACUAUUAAAAAAAAAAACACACACACAACGGACUGACAAAUUUUUUAGAUCAACUGUAUUUUACAGUGAGAGCAAUUAUAAAUAGCUUCAAACAUUUUGAUUACUUUGAAAUUAAAAAUGUUUCACAAUUUUUUUUUUUUAGUACUGCACUAAAAACACAUCCACUUUGAUAAAAUAAAUGCUUAGAUCAAUUAAUAGUAAUGAAAAUUACUAAUCUAUUGUAUAUUGCAUAUAGACUUUUUUUUAAAAUAAGCAAAUUUUGAAUAUAAAAUAAUUAUUUUUCAA